AUGGAUGUUGUAGGCCUUUUAAAUCAUAUAAACGACAAAUCCGACAUGUUUGCGGUCAAAACAUGGACAUCGGAAUGGUCAAACAAUUUUCAAGAGAAUCAAUUACUUUGGUCAUUCUGCGGAUGUUUUCUGGUGACGCUUCUAGUCGUGUUCUUCUAUUACUAUAAACGAUGGCGCUUAAAAGUGCUCGCAGGCGGCACUUCUGCUACGGAUGCUGGAGGAGAACCUGCAAAGAGGUUCCGCAAGCGAGACAAAAUGCUAUUCUACGGACGGCGGAUGCUGCGGAAGGUGAAAUCUAUCUCCAACUCCGGUCAGGGCCGAAAGCGACGCGCUGUAAUGCGUUUCGCCAGGAAACUUCUUCAGCUGAAGAAGGAGUCGGCUCCUGAACAACUUAAGGUGUUGGAGCCCCCGGCGGAAUAUUUAGAAGAAGACUUGACUAACGACGACCGCGUUCCACCGGAUGCUCUAUAUAUGCUGCAUAGCAUCAGAGUGUUCGGCCACUUCGAGAAGCCUGUUUUUCUUAUGCUGUGCAAGCAUACUGAGAUCAUUAAUUUGCCAGCUGGAACGUUUUUGUUUAAAGUUGGCGAUACUGACGAAAACGUGUACGUUGUACAGACGGGCCGCGUAAAUGUGUACAUAACAAAUUCGGAUGGGAGCAGUUUGUCCCUCAAAGUCGUACGCGCGGGAGAGAGCGUCACAUCUUUACUCAGCUUCACCGACGUUCUAACGGGUAAUUCUCAACCGUACAAAACCGUUAACGCGAAAGCUUUAGAAGACUCGCAAGUGAUAAAGCUGCCCAUGCGGGCAUUCCAGGAAGUAUUCAAGGAGUAUCCCGACAUAUUUGUUCGAGUUAUACAGAUUAUCAUGGUGCGACUACAGCGUGUCACUUUCACAGCUCUGCAUCAAUAUCUAGGACUGAGCGCUGAACUAGUCAAUCCGGGUCGAGAGAAACGUCGACCAAACACAUUCUCGUCGUCACCAGGCAAAAGCAGCAAGGUGGUUUUGGUGGACAGCGGCACCACCAUGCAUUCACCACAUCACACCGAGAGGGCCGGCGAGCAUUUGGAGGGUGGGCAUCAGACUUCAUCUCCCAUACUCAUUCAAGGCCGAAAACCCAGACCUGACAUGGUGCCCGAUCUCACAUCUAACACACCCCAGCAACAACCUGACGUUCAACCGACCUCGUCCUACAAAUCUAGAGAAGGCUCGUCGUUCAAGAAACACAACACGGACAAUCUCGAUGAACAGGCACUAAUACAAAUAGCGACUGAGGCCUUUGUGAAGGAGCUGGGUUUAGAAAGCGAUGAUUUGCUCCGUGGCAACGUACAAGUGAGAGACCUCCCCGCUGGCACCUACAUCAUGAAAGAGGAGAGCCAUAAGGAUGUGUCUUUAGUGUACCUCCUGUCUGGAGCACUGCUCGUCUCCCAGAAGGUGGCCGAAGGUGAAGGCGAGGUGCAUAUGUUUACGGCGUAUCCAGGCGAAGUGGAAGGUGGCUUGGCGGUUCUGACGGGGGAGCCAAGUUUCUUCUCGAUCCGCGCGAAGCAUUUCUCACGUAUCGGGCUGCUGUCGAAGGGCGCGGUGUACACGAUCAUGCGCGAUCGGCCCUCCGUGGUGCUGCACAUAGCCAACACCGUGGUGAAACGCCUAUCGCCAUUCGUGCGGCAGGUCGAUUUCGCACUCGAUUGGGUGUUCAUAGAAUCCGGGCGUGCGGUGUACAGACAGGAUGAAGAAUCUGGAUCCACGUUUAUUGUAUUAAGCGGACGUUUGCGUUCAGUAAUCACGCAUCCGAAUGGCAAGAAAGAGCUUGUGGGAGAGUAUGGCAAAGGAGACCUGGUGGGAAUUGUGGAGAUGGUAACUCAAACUCGACGUAGCACGACAGUGAUGGCGGUGCGAGACUCGGAGCUGGCGAAGCUGCCUGAAGGACUAUUCAAUGCCAUUAAACUGCGCUUUCCGGUGGUCGUCACUCGGCUUAUAAAUCUGCUUGGACAUAGAAUCCUAGGUUCAUGGCAGAAGCCUGGUGCGGCCGGGCGCGGACCGACAACGCUGGAGCCGCGGUUCUCGCAGCACACGUUCUCCACCGUGGCCGUGGUGCCGGUGGGCGACGACGUGCCACUCACCGCCUUCACCUAUGAGCUGUACCACUCGCUCAGCGCCAUCGGGCCGACUGUACGACUGACAUCUGACGUCAUCAGGAAGCUGCUGGGACUUACAAUUAUGGAUCCAAACAAUGAGUACAGACUCAGCUCGUGGUUGGCACAACAAGAGGACAAACAUAAGGUGGCUUUAUACCAGUGCGAUCCCAGUUUGACCCAGUGGACCCAGCGCUGUAUCCGACAAGCUGAUUGUAUAUUGAUUGUCGCAUUAGGUGAUAAACAACCCAGUAUCGGAAAGAUCGAAAAGGAGAUCGAGCGGCUGGCGAUCCGCACGCAGAAGGAGCUGGUGCUGCUGCACCGUGAGGGCGGGCCGGUGCCGUCGGGCACCGUGCACUGGCUCAACAUGCGCUCGUGGGUUAGCCAGCACCACCACGUGCGGUGCCCGCACCGUAUGUUCACGCGCCGCAGCCAGUACCGUGUCAGCGAGCUGUACAGCAAAGUGCUGAUGUCUGAAGCGAACGUGCAUUCGGACUUCUCUCGGCUGGCGCGCUGGCUCACGGGCACGUCGGUGGGGCUCGUGCUGGGAGGGGGCGGGGCUCGCGGCGCCGCGCACGUCGGCAUGAUCCGCGCCAUACAGGAGGCCGGCAUUCCGAUUGACAUGGUGGGUGGUGUGAGCAUCGGGGCUUUCAUGGGAGCUUUAUGGUGCAUGGAAAGAAACAUUACCACGGUAACACAGAAGGCUAGAGAUUGGUCUCAGAAAAUGACCCAGUGGGGCAAACAACUUCUCGACCUAACGUACCCGUCCACAUCAAUGUUCUCCGGGAGACAGUUUAAUGCAACCAUUCGUGGAACAUUCGGGGAUGUCCACAUCGAAGAUCUGUGGCUUCCUUACUUCACUGUCACUACUGACAUAAGCUCCAGUUGCAUGCGAGUGCACCGCCAUGGUUCUCUGUGGCGAUACAUACGUGCCUCGAUGUCGCUCAGCGGUUACAUGCCGCCGCUUUGCGACCCCGUAGACGGCCACCUCCUAUUGGACGGCGGUUACGUCAACAACUUGCCAGGUGUACUGUGGAGAUAUUGCCGGGCGUCGAUGAGCAUCGCCGGCAUAUUUCCGCCCAUCUGCGACCCCAUCGAUGGACAUCUCUUGUUGGACGGUUGCUACGUCAAUAAUGUACCAGCUGAUGUGAUGAGGUCGCUGGGCGCAAAACACAUCCUGGCCAUAGACGUGGGCUCUCAAGAUGAUACAGACCUAACCAACUAUGGCGACGACCUCUCUGGCUGGUGGCUGCUGUGGAAGAGGUGGAAUCCGUUCACCACACCAGUGAAAGUGCCAAACUUACCGGAUAUUCAGAGUAGGCUGGCUUACGUGUCCUGCAAUCGACAGCUAGAGGAGGUGAAGAGCUCGGAUUACUGCGAGUACAUCCGGCCGCCGAUCGACGCGUACAAGACGCUGCAGUUCAGCUCGUUUGACGAGAUCCGUGAAGUGGGCUACCGGCACGGCGCCGCGUACUUCGAGGGGCAGCGGCGCGGCGGCGGCGGCGGCGUAAGCGGCGUCAGCGGGCUCGCCGGCCCGCGCCGCCAUCACCAGCCCACGCUCACCGACUACACGUUUACGGACCUGGCACAAAUGGUGUGUUCAGUCCGUCCGGCGCAAGACGUAGACAACUCGUCCUCUUCCUCGUCCGACUACGAGGAUGACCAGCAACACUUCGAGGGAUACGCCUCGGAGCCCAGCGCUGGCAUUUUGGAGGAGGGCCGCCGCGGUCGUCGUGUAGGGGGCUCGCUCUCCCUGUCGGAAGACGACGUCGACUCCGAAGCGGAGAUGUAUGAUCCCCUGAACAAACGCGGCGGCAAUAGGUGA